UUUUUUUAAGUAAUCUCUUCCCCUAACAUGGGGCUCGAACUUAAAACCCUGACAGUGGGAGUGGCACUCUCCCACCAUCUGAGCCAGCCAGGUGCUCCAAUACCCUAGCUUUUAAAAAACAAAAAAAAAAUAAAAUGAUUGAUCUAAUUUGACCAAUGUACAUCACUUCUCCAAAUUUCAGUCCUCUUAAUUGCUCUUAGAUACUCGCACACAAAAAACCCACUGUAGAUAGUAGUUGAUACAGCCCCACAAAUGAUCUGAAAGGUACUUUUUGUAAACGUACCCACUGUUGGGAACAUUGCCCCGCACCCAGACAGUGUUAAGGCUCUAGGUAUCUUUAUAUCCUAGAUCUCCUCCUCGAUAAAGUACAUGUCUAUAAAGUACAACUUAAAAAUUAUUAAUUCUUAAAGAAUGAAAUAACUGGUUAGUAGUAAGUGUUACAUAAAUAUUUCUUAUUAAGUGUUGAUAUGGGCCUGGUAAACUGCUUUAAUUUUGGCCUUGAUAAGAACCAUCCUAGAGGCCAUUCUAUAACUGCCACGGGUACAGACUGUGGGCUGGACUUGCCUACGGACUUCGUAGCAUGAACUUCAGCUGGUAACUUGCCUGUAAUACAUAUUCUUUAGGUCUUUUGAAUAACCCGUAACGUUAUGUAACGGCCCUUUCGUGUUGGUGUGCCCCUGGGUUUUGUCUGUCGCCGGCAUUGCUAUCAUCCCCAGUCGGUGUUCUUUUCAAACUUCGCAUUCGGCAAACACUUGAGUAUUUACCUUCUGCCAACUAUUAGUCUGUGACUGAAUUGCCUAGUCUCUUGGGAGUGAUGUCAGCAGAGGAUGAGUGAAUCAGAUCACAAGACCUCCUAGAGUGCCUGCGAAGUAGGGCAUCCAUACUGAAGUUGAGUAUGGGUUUUCUCAUGGAGUUUUUAAAAGAAGUGGCAGAGUAUCAUCAGUCCAGAGCGAGCUGUGAUGUGGGAACUCAGACAAGUUCCACAUUGCCUGGCCAAGACUCACUUGUGGAGAAGCUUCAGCUUAUUGAUGAUCAGUUUGCAGGUGCUUACCCUCAGCGUCCAAAGUUAGAAUCCUUAGAAGUAAAGUUGAAUGAAUAUAAAAGAGAAAUAGAACAGCAGCUUCGGGCAGAAAUGUGUCAAAAGUUAAAGUAUUUUAAAGAUACUGAAGUAGCAAAAGUUAAGAUGGAAGAGAAAAGAAAGUCUGAGAGGGAAUUGGCUGAGUUCCGGAACGAAUUGGAGAGAGCUUGUCGAGCAAAAUCUGACGCCCUUAUUUCUCGGGAGAAGUUGGCUUUUGAGAGAAUUCAGAAGCACCAAGAGAUUGAAACCAAGGAGAUUUAUGCUCAGAGACAACUUCUCCUCAAAGAUAUAGACAUGCUAAGAGGCAGAGAAGCAGAGCUGAAACAAAGAAUGGAAGCUUUUGAAUUGGCUCAGCGGCUACAAGAAGAAAAAAAUAAAAGAGCAACCGACGCACUUAGGAAACGGGAGCUGAAUGUCCAGAAUAUUGAGGAGACCUAUGACCAGAAGCUCAAGAAUGAGCUGCUCAAGUAUCAACUUGAACUCCAGGACAACUAUAUCUCUAGAACUCACAGGCUGAUCGAAGAUGAAAGGAAGAAUAAAGAAAAAGCUAUACAUUUGCAAGAGGAGCUCACAGCUAUUAAUGCGAAAAAGGAAGAAUUUGGUCAUUCUGUAAAACGUGUCAAAGAGCUCGAGCUUGAGUUAGAGUCGGUCAGAACCCAGUCUUUGGCGAUAAGCAAGCAAAACCACCUGCUGAGAGAAAAGGUGAAAGAAAUGAGUGACUAUUCGCUACUGAAACAAGGGAAACAGGAGCUUCAGGCGCAAAAUAAAUUACUUAAACAACAGCUGGAAGAGACCAGAAGUGAGAACUUGCGUCUUCUAAACCACCUGGCUCAGCCUUCUCCAGAGCUGGUGGCUUUUCAGAAAGAACUAAAGAAAGCAGAGAACGCUAUCAUGUGUGAGCAUAAGGAGUUCGAGAUCCACAGGCAGAACCUGCAGAAGCAGCUGCAAAGUGAAAUCGAACGUUCUGCACAGCUGAAGGCCCAGAUCCUCGAUUACGAAGAUUCCAUAAAGAGGUUAACGAGACAGGUGGCCGAUUUGAAAUUGCAACUGACACAAACCCAGACGGCCCUAGAGAACGAGAUGUACUGCAACCCAAAGAAUUCUCUGCUCGAUCGGCCCAUCAGUGGAUUAAUGGGUGGCAACGUGGUGGUACCUCACAAUGGUGACCUGAACGAGGAUUUCUUGAAAGAUGCUUUCGGACUGGAAAGGCUGAUGGCAGGCAUGCUUCUGUCAAGGAUCGCAAGUGACCCAAGUGCGAGCACCGGGAGUAGUUCCCCCGAUUCUGACCUGGAGUUUGUAGCCAAGACCAAGGCAAGGGUGAAAGAGCUAGAGCAAGAGGCCGAACGUUUGGAGAAAGCUUUCCGAACUUACCAUCCAAGAGUUCAUCCAUGCCCCACGGGAAGGUCUUCAGCCAAGAGCCCGCCACCCCUGCAUGCGACAGGAACGCUCAAAAAGACCACUUCCGGUUUCCCUGGAAGACGUACUUCCGCAGAGGACGCAGCUGUCCCUGAGCAGCCUCUGGCAGGCACACCCGAGGAGGACAGGAGCAGCGCUUCCGCUUCUGAGGCGCGGCCGUGCAAGGGCACGCCCUCCAGACGCCUCUCCUCCACUCCCCUGCCCAAGGCCAAAAGGAGCCUCCUUGCUAAAGUGUAUCUGGAAGGUGGGGACAGAUCCGGUGCUGCUGGCUGCAGUCCUGGUCCUGAGACAACGCCCCAGCCAUCACCCUCUGAGUCCGGGCACAGCCCUUCCCUCCACCUGCUGCCCAGCCCUCCGGAGCAGGCCAGUCUUCAUCAAAGACAGACAGAACUUGAAGAACAAGGAGAACUUUCAGAUCCAGACAAGCUACCUUUUAAGGACAAUGAGGAAUUUGGAUCAUCUUUUGAAUAUGCAGGGAGCACGCCGAGGCAGUUUGAGGUGGACGGCCUCCAUCCUGCUGGCGACGUGCCUCACGUGGGUGCUGCCGCCGCCGCGGUGUCUGCCGGACCUCUCGCUUGUUGCCACCCCGGUCUAGAUCAGAAACCAAUGGGAGAACAGAAGGAAGAAGAAAAAAUAUGGGAACAGCACAUGACAGAACAAAAGCAAAGAGAAGAAAUAAGGAAGAGUGAACUGCAAGAAGCUUUAGAAAGGGAACGAAGAGAACUAGAGAAGCUGGAUCAAGAGCGGAGGAUGAUUGAAGAAUCAUUGAAGAUUGAAAUGGAAAAAGAAAUGGAAAUGACUGUUGAAGAAACGAAAGACCAGCCUGUCUGUGGUGAAAAUCCUUUAGAGAAGUACAUGAGAAUUCUUCAGCAAAAUCAAGACCAGGGGUCUGCAGAUAAGAGUUCAAAGGUGGUCAGAGAAGGCUCCCAAGUGGAAACAGUGCCAUCUAGCAACAAAGACGAAAGGUAUGGUUCCCCCAACGUGACGUUGCCUGCACAAACCAUCGUGUGGUGGGUUGUGUCAGCCAAGGGAAGUGUUGAGAUGUUUGAGUCUGCCUGUGAGAAAUGAGUGAAACAGUCAAAAUUUAGGGACUUCAAAAAAAAAAAAA